AGAGAGACAGAGGAAACUCCAACAGAAGUAACAGAGAAGAAGUGAAGUGAAGCUGAAUUUCAUUCCAGGAUGAGGAUUCUUCUAAUCUUCACUAUCUACUCGAUGUCAGGUCCAGUAACCUGCUCUGAUGUGAUCAGUUACUCAGGAGGCAGCGUCAUUAUAUUCUCUAAUAUAAAGUGGUACACACAUGAUAGUAAAUUUAUUUGUAAGGUGAAAGAAAAUGACUGCAGUGAUAUAAUACGUGCCGACACCAAACGCAGCAAAGUUCAAGAUGGAAGAUUCUUGUUGUACUCAAACUCAAACAAACAAUUAUUAGUAUUGAUCAGAAAGCUGAAGCCACAGGAUGCUGGAACUUACAGAUUUGGAUUGGGGAAUCAGGACAACUCUACUGUGAACCUAAAAGUGUAUAAUAGUGCAUCUUUUGGGGUGCCAAAAAUAAUAAACGCUUAUCUUGGACAGAAUAUAACCAUCACCUGUAAAUAUCCAGUGCAGUAUGAGAGAAACUACAAAUAUUUAGACUCAGUGGAUUUUGACAGUAAAAUUAAUGCCAUUCUUUAUACUGAAACAAAAUCUCAGAACGGCAGAUUCUCUAUUUCUGAUAACAAAAGUGCUAAAGUUCUCAGCGUGAACAUCAGCAAUGUGACAGAAACUGAUGAAGUAUUUUAUUUGCCUGGCGUGUGGUUUGGAGAGGGGGCAAUCAGAUAUUAUUCCUACUUUGCAGAGAUUCAGCUGAACAUUAAAGAACGAAUGAGCACAACUCCUCAACCCACAACGCAGGUGACCACCACGAUGACAUCAGCAGCAUUGACAGAAACUCCGACUGGUGCAGUGUAUUUCAUGGGAUUGAGCACAACCAUUCAAACAACAACAACAACAACAACAGGGUCCACCAACAUGACAAGAUCAUCAUCACAGAAAGGAAUCCCAUCUACAGUGUGUUUCAGUUCUUUUACCCUCAUCAUUGUAUGUGUCUUUGCGGCUCUGCUGCUGAUUGGAGGAUUUUCAUGCAUGAUCUACAAACUGAGAUGCAAGAGAACACAAGAGUACACUUUUUCAUUCAAGAGUAAAGCAAACAAACCAGUUACUUCUAACUUUAACACUGGUUCAGAAAAUGUGUAUGAAAACAGUGUGAACUCACUAUGAAACUGUAACAGUACAAGAAGCACUUCCUGACAUCCUGUUUUAACUGUUGAACUCUUGAGCUUGAUGUUCUGCUCUGACUCGUAGUGGCUCGUAACUUCCAGCACUCAAGUGCUUAUUUCUCUUCACUUCUUUAUAGGACUGUGACUUAAAAAAAAACAAUGAGCUCAAAUCCAUUCAUGUUAAAUCACAUUUGCAACUUCUGCAGGACUGUUAGUUUCUCUCUCUCUCUCUCUCUCUCUCUCUCUCUCUCUCUCUCUCUCUCUCUCUCUCUCUCUCUCUCUCUCUCUCUUCUUUCUGUCUUUGUUUUUUUUAUUUUUAAAUUUUGUGAUUAUAUAAAGUCAUGCUGAUUAUGAGAAAGCUAUAGUGAAACAUUAAAUCAAUAAAUCAUUAUUAUUGUGGAAUAAUGACAUUAGUGAUAAAAGUGCUUUUAAAAAAAAUAUUUGUAAUCAUUUAUUGUUGUUAUUUGAUGCUACCAUGCUGAAUUCUGCGCUGUUAUCAGAUGCAGUACAACAGUUGAAUUAUGAACCUGCAUUACUAACCAAGCUGAUAACAAGAAAAUUAAAAUAAUAUUAAAAUAAUAUUCUUGAAAA